UACAUACGUACAGUUUGUCGUUCGGUUGGUUAGUUGGUGCGUGUGCACAGCCAUUUAGUAGUACGGAUCUCCACCACUCCCGGUUGGAUGGAGUGCGGAGUGUGAUGUAGAUAGAUUCUAGCGCAGGCGCCCAUGAUGGCGCCUGCCAUUGGCCACUGCUCGCCCGUACGUCACGGACCCUGACCUGCGCGCUGCAGCCGAGUGGCAGUAGGAAAACAGUCUUCCGAAUCCAUUUCUUCUCCAGAGGUGUCGGCAAUUGGCGGCUCGCCGUUUUGCAUGACAUGGAAUCUGGGACGACUGCCUUCGUGAUACUGGCAGUGUGCGCCACGGCCAGCGCCAUCAUGUUCAGCAGAAACGCGAAGCCCUCCAUAUACAAUGACUUGGUUUGUCAGCUGCCCGACGGCUCUGGUGGUGUGUGUCGUGCUGCCAGUGACUGCCCAUCAGUGCAUUCUGCUAAAGCAUGUGUUGCCAGAGGUCUUGUCUGUUGUCCCAGUGCCACAUCCCCUGCACCUAUCACUGGUGUUGGCAUCAAAAGCAAACAGGAAUGUGAGAAAAGUGCACAACUAGCAACAGUGAGUGAGUGCCCACCGAUUGAAAUGAUUCCUGGCAAGAAUGUGGCUGUGCCAGGCCUAUUCCCCUACUUGGCAGCACUAGGGUAUGGUAAUCUGAGUGACAACAAGUGGUAUUGUGCUGGUGUGCUUGUGAGUGAAUCUUACGUCCUCACUACUGCAGGAUGUCUAAAUAGUUCUACGGUUGGCAUUGUGCGACGUGUACGCCUGGGUGAUGUUGACUUAACAACACCAAGCGGUGAUGAAGCUGUGCAGGUGAUUGAUGUUGAAUGGGUAAUCCCACAUCCUCUCUUUGAACGAAAGUUCAAGUUCCAUAAUGUGGCUGUCCUCCAUUUGCACACACCAGCCGAACUUAGCCCACGUGUUCGGCCUGCUUGCUUGAAUACAUUAAGACAGCUGCCAACAAAUCACGCAAUUAUAACAGGAUAUGGAGCUGAAAGUUUUGAAUCAACAGAGCAUGGCAUUGCACGCUAUGUAGAUGUCACUGAAAUACCUGCAUUGCAGUGCCAAAAAACAGACCCAUUUCGGGUUAAGAGUUAUAUCAAAGUUAAUGGAUCAAUGAUAUGUGCUGCAGAAAAAGAUGGUGGCCGUGACUCUUGCAGUGGUGAUUCCGGAGGUCCACUUCAAGUUCGGCUUGACAAGCCUCACUGUCAGUUCAGUGUUGCUGGAUUAACUUCGUGGGGAUUAGUGCCCUGUGGGUUGCCAGGCCAACCUUCCAUGUAUACAAGCAUUGCUGAAUACUUACCAUGGAUUGAGUCAAUUGUUUGGCCUUAAAUAUGAGCAGUCUGUUUGAGAGAUAAUAUUAUUCAGAUAUAUGUGAAAACUGGUACCCUACACUUCAUUGCACUCUUUGAUUUACUGUACAGUUUAUUAUUUCAAGAAAUCACAGAUGAAAGAGAGAAUGAGAGAACAUAAGAAGUAUAGAAAAUAUUGUUGGAAUACAGAAGAAAAUGCAAAUUUUGCAUUUAUGACUUGGAAAUUAUUACAAGUGAGCCAAUAUGACAAACAAGAAAAGAAAAGACAGUUCCAUCUAAUAUCUGAUACACACUUAUAUUUGUUCUUCCAGUUCAGUUUUGCACUGCCACACUACUUCAAUGGUUCUGGAAGGAAGGAACAAAGUUGGUUUUAUUCCAUGGCCAUGAUAUUUCUGCCAUUUUGUCAUAACAGUUCUUAAGAUUUUAAAUUAAAAGCUAUUGUAAAUGGUGAAUGUGAAAUUCAAAAUGAAGUUGCUCAGUCCUCCAUAUUUCUUACACACACACACACACACACACACACACACACACACACACACACACAAAGGCCCGGACUUGAUAAAGUUGUUGGGGGUAGAGGGGUUGUGGCCAACAAUGAUUACAUAAGGAUAUAAGGUCCUAUAUGUAACAGAUCACUUAGUGUUUUGUUUACUUGCAGCCAGUAUUAUAGCGGUGUUCUAAAAGUUUCUAACCAGCCAGCUGCAUGUAAAUGCAAUAGCUGUGCCAUCAAAUGAUACACAAAGUUAUUUAUGUCCCAUGAAGCAGGUCAGUAGUUGUACAAAACAGAUGAAUUAAUACACUUCAAGAGUUGUACUGUAAUUUUUGGCUGCAAACUUUCUCCUCACUUCAUUCCUGAAUAUAAAUUCAUCACGUAUGUCAUCAGAGUGUAGUGUAUCCUUUGUCUGGCAUCAAAGAUCAAAUGAAAAUCGUAGAAAUAGAUAAAUCUGCUAAACAGUA